AGCAUGCCUCUGAUCUGCCAGGGCUUCGCCUCUCGUACACAAACCAAAGUAUGGCUCUGGCAGCUCAGGAGCACAGCGGAGGCUUGUGAGAAGGAGGAGGGACAGAGUUUGGAAUGAUUCCUGUGAGCUAUGGAAGACAGCAUUGAAACAAUCUUACAAAAUAAAACCACAAAGUUCCUUUACAGUGACAAGCCUAGCAGUUGGCUACCAUGUCUUGCCUCUGGCAUUACCGCGAGCAUCUAUGCAUUUUGGGCAGUGUUUGUCUUUCCAGGCAUCCGCAAAGUUCCAGUGAGCCUCAGGGUUCCAUAUUUGCCUUCAUGUAAACCUCAAACCGCCAAUAUAUUAAAACUCUUAAAUGGAAGAGAAGGAAAGUUUGUUGACCUUGGUUCUGGAGAUGGGAGAUUGGUGUUUUCUGCAGUGUCCCUGGGCCUUCAGUGCACUGGGUAUGAAUUAAAUCCCAUAUUGAUAAACUGGGCUAAAACUCUGGCAUGGUGGCGGGGGAUUUCUCCCAAUCAAGCAACAUUUCUCAAGCAGAACUUUUGGGAGGUGGAUCUAUCCCAAUACAAAAAUGUGACAGUUUUUCUGGCUCCAAAUGCGAUGGAGACCCUGGAAAAAAAGCUUUCGGCAGAGCUGCCCGAUGAUGCCCGGGUGAUAGUGUGCCGGUUUCCGUUCCCUCACUGGCCCCACACCUGCACAGAGGGUGCCAGCUUGGACCAGGUGUGGGCUUAUGAUGUGAUGCGCCUAAAGGGGUCUUUGCUGCACUACAGGAAACAGCAGCCAUGCACAUAAUCACUGGGUGUUUUAACUGAUUAUCAUGAGCACUUUAAGCAAAAUGAGAAAUUUGAUUCACUUUCAUGCUCUGUUUUGGUCUUUAAAUGUAGUUGUUUGCAACUGGUCACUAAUUGGUAUCUAUAUUUUUUGCCAUCAUUCAUAAAUAAACUGCUAAAUGGCUGUAAGGCCAUAUUACUCCUUA